AUGUUCGCCUACAUCUCCACCUUCCUCUACUCCUUCCUCUACUCCUUGUCCACUUUCCUCUACCCCUUUUUCGACACCCUCUUCUUUGAAUUGGGUCUCAUCACUCUUGUCCUGCCAUUCUUGGCUGACAUUGACAGUAUCUGUCAUCAUCUCCACCUCUUGUACGCCUUUAUCACAGGAUUUCCUGUGCAUUUUUGGCUGUGGGUGGAGUCUAUUGUUUGGAGAGAGCACUUUGAGAACCAAAGGCUCCUCAAGGAGUGGUUCGAGGAACACCGAAAGUGUAAUCCUUGGCCGCUGACCUGGUUGGAGAUGCAGGACAUGCGCUACCGGAUGGAGAAGGCCCGCAAGGCGAAACUCGAAGCGAUCGAGAAUGCUGAGGGCAGACGGCGCUGGGAAGCUGCCUGGCGACAAGCGAGGGAUGAAGCAGCAGAAGCGCAUCGGGAGCGUCGGGAGCAGCAGGAAUGGGAGCGCAAGCAGCGCCGCAUCGAGGAGGAACGGGCUCAGGACCCGGAGUACGUCAAGUGGUUGGAGGAGGAGAUGAAGGAGGUGGACAGGCUCACGCGGGUCUACUACGGUCUGGAGGCUCCCCGCAUGGGAGGGAUCGCGCCUGUCCCCGAGGCACCCGAGGAAGACGAGGAGAACGAGGAGAACGAGCAGCACUCCCCGCGCACGCUCGAGUUCCUCUACGGUGCCCCUCCUGUCCUCCCGGUCCCCGCCCUCGCCCUCGCCCCCGCCUUCGUCCCCCCUGUCCUCCCGGUCCCUCCCAUCGUCGCCGCCCUCCCUCUCCCGGUCGCCACCGCCCCAGUCGUCGCCUACGACUUCGCGCCGGCCCCGGUCCCCGUCUUGGUCGCCCCCGCCCCUGCCCCCGCCCCAGCGCUCGUCGUACCGGCUUUCCACGUACCGGUCUUCGAAUCGCCUGCCGCUGGAUUCGUGCCUGCCGUCGUCACCGAUGCCGACACCGACGCCCUCGCCGAUCUCCUCGCGUCGACGUCGUAUGAAUACGGGUUUCAGGUCGCCUUCCCGCAUGCGUACGUCUACGCUCGGCAGGUCAACGCUCGGUUGGCCAUGGGUGGGUCCCUCUUCAGGGGACCGUCGGUAGGAUCGGCUCCGGUCUUUGAGCGAGCGUACCCGCACACGUACGUCUACGCUCGGACCGACGGGGCUCGGCUGGUCCCUCGGAUUCGUGCUCGCCCCCUGCACGAGUUCGAGUUGGCGCGAAGGGCAGACGAGGCGGAGGACGAACGCGUCGAGGCCGACGACCGGCAGUUCGACGACGAGUUCUUGGACCUGCUGGGCGGGGACGCCUACUACGUCCGGAUGAAGCGUAAAGGGGGGGGGGAGGCGGAGAGGGCUUUGGGUUGGGCCCUAGAAGUCGCAGGGAGGCUUGGUGAUAGCUGUCUACGUCACGAGGAAGGCGUAGAAAGUUUCGGAGUCGGGCUUAACAACGCCAGGCUGCUGUCCAACGACAACAACAAAGACGACGACGCCGACAUCAACGACGUCGCCGCCGUCCAGACCCCUGUUCCGAUCGGCUUUGCGGCUUGUCCGUCGCGGGAAAGGCGUAGAGAGUUUCAGAGUCCGGCUUUACAAGUCAUAGAUGGGUUUCGUUUCGGGUCCGGGUCUUGA